AUGUCCGAAGUUUUCGCACUUUCUACCAAACUCAACGAAGUGCAAUCCGAGAUAAAAGAGCUAGAGCUGGUAUUGAGCACUCUGAAAGAAGCUGACGAAAGCCGCAAAUGCUUCCGGAUGGUCGGUGGUGUGCUGGUGGAGCGCACUGUAAAAGAGGUGACGGGUGCCCUUGAGCAGUCGAAGACGGCUAUGGUGGCUGCAAGCGAGCAACUUACCAAACAACGCGAUGAACUGCUGGCGAAAGACAACAAGGCCGCCACCGCCACCGCCUAG